AUGGCAAUUAACCGGAAGUAGCUCUAUUUCACUUUGACGUUGAAUCUUCCUAGCUUCUUUCGUGAACUAGCUGUUUUGACGAAAAACAUUAUAAAGUUGAUGUUAAGUUGUUUUCUCAGCCGGUAUGUCUAAAGAGGAGGACUCCAACUGGGCGGAUAUUCUCAAGAGAAGACUCGCCAACUAUAAAAAGGACGAGAGGAGUGAAGAUGAAAAGAAAGAGGAAGAAACUGAAAUGUUCACCAAAUAUUACACAGAAUGGAGAGGAGGUGUCGAUAAUGACAAAUCGUAUAAAACCAUACCACGGUUUUAUUAUAAGCUUCCAGCAGAGGAUGAAUUGCUCCUUCAGAAGCUCAGAGAAGAAUCCAGAGCCGUUUUCCUCCAGAGGAAGAGCAGAGAACUGUUAGAUAAUGAAGAGCUCCAGAAUCUGUGGUUCCUGCUAGACAAACACCAGGUGCCUCCAGUGAAUGGAGAUGAAGCCAUGAUCAACUACGAAGCUUACCUGCAGGUGGGGGAGAAGGCAGGAGAAAAGUGCAGAAAGUUUUUCACAGCCAGAGUUUACGGCAAACUGCUGCACAGUGACCCGUACGGCCGAAUAUCCAUCAUGCAGUUCUUUAACUACGUUAUGAGGAAAGUUUGGUUGCAUCAGACCCGAAUUGGCCUGAGUCUGUAUGAUGUAGCGGGACAAGGAUACCUGAGAGAAUCAGAUCUAGAGAACUACAUCCUAGAGCUGAUCCCGACUCUACCUCAGCUGGACGGACUGGAGAAAUCGUUUUAUUCUUUCUACGUCUGCACGGCUGUUCGCAAGUUUUUUUUCUUCCUCGAUCCGCUUCGGACCGGAAAGAUUAAAAUUCAAGAUAUCUUGGCCUGCAGUUUCCUGGAUGACUUGCUGGAGUUGAGAGAUGAGGAGUUGUCUAAAGAAAGCCAAGAGUCAAACUGGUUCUCGGCCCCGUCGGCUCUCAGAGUCUACGGUCAGUACCUCAACCUGGACAAAGAUCACAACGGGAUGUUGAGCAAAGAAGAGCUGUCUCGUUACGGCACGGCGACGCUCACCUCCGUCUUUCUGGACCGCGUGUUUCAGGAAUGCCUCACCUACGAUGGGGAAAUGGACUAUAAGACCUACCUGGACUUUGUGUUGGCUCUGGAAAACAGGAAGGAGCCGGCGGCGUUGCAGUAUUUAUUUAAGCUUCUGGACAUGGAGAAUCAAGGUUACGUCAACGUUUUCACCCUCAACUACUUCUUCAGGGCCAUUCAGGAGCAGAUGAAGGUGCACGGUCAGGAGCCCGUCUCCUUCCAGGAUGUGAAGGAUGAGAUCUUCGACAUGGUGAAGCCCAAAGACCCCUAUAGGAUCACUCUCCCGGACUUGGUUAACUGUUGCCAGGGCGACACGGUGGUCAGCAUCCUGAUUGACCUUAACGGCUUCUGGACCUAUGAGAACAGAGAGGUGCUGGUUGCCAACGACAACGACGGCAACACAGCUGAGCUCGAUGACACUUGAAGAGAUCUGAGCAGGAGAUGUUAGGAGACUCAUUUCUGCAGAAUUCGAGAGAAAUGAUAAAAAUGGUUUUGUCUUUUCUGAUAUUGACCCUUAAACUGGGAUUUAUUAUCAAACACUUAUCCUAACAACCGUUACAUCACUUUCUGUUGAUUGUUUUUAUUUGAAAAACUUGUUUAUGAAUUUUAACUAUUUUUCCAGACGAUGAAGUUAUAAAAAAUAAACUGUACAUAAAAUCUAA